AUGGCAGCAAAUACCACAACCACUAUUCCUCAGGAUGCCACCUAUGACUUUGUCAUUGUUGGCGGAGGCACAGCUGGCUGUGUCAUCGCAUCUAGGCUCACCGAGUACCUGCCCAACAAAUCAGUCCUCUUGAUCGAGGCUGGCCCAAGCGACUUCAUGGACGACCGCGUGUUACUGCUGAAGGACUGGCUGAAUUUACUAGGUGGUGAGCUCGAUUAUGAUUAUGGCACAACCGAACAGCCCAUGGGCAACUCACAUAUUCGCCACUCCCGAGCUAAGGUUCUGGGUGGCUGCUCAUCACAUAACACCCUCAUCUCAUUCAGGCCAUUCGAGUACGACACUAAGAGAUGGGAAGCACAAGGCUGCAAGGGCUGGAACUUCAAGACAUUCAUGCGUGUACUUGACAACCUUCGCAACACAGUCCAGCCUGUGCACGAGAAGCACCGAAACCAGCUCUGCUUGGACUGGAUUGACUCGUGCUCGACUGCCAUGGAUAUCCCUGUAGUUCAUGACUUCAACCACGAGAUCAAGACUAAGGGAGCGUUGAAGCCCUCUGUUGGCUUCUUCUCGGUAUCCUACAACCCUGACGAUGGCCGCCGAAGCAGCGCCAGUGUAGCGUACAUCCACCCCAUCCUUCGUGGCGAGGAGAAGCGCGAGAACUUGACCGUUCUCACCAACGCUUGGGUUCAGCAAGUCACCGGUAUCAACGUCACAUUCCAAAAUGGCGAGAAGCGGACGCUUAGCCCCAGGUGUGAAACUAUUCUCUGCGCCGGCGCAGUCGACACGCCACGAUUGAUGCUUUUGUCUGGUCUUGGACCCAAAGAGCAGCUGUCGAAUCUUGGCAUUUCAGUUGUUAAGGAUAUCCCAGGUGUUGGUGAGAACUUGCUCGACCACCCCGAAAGCAUCAUCAUCUGGGAGCUGAACAAGCCCGUCCCUCAAAACCAGACCACCAUGGAUUCGGAUGCUGUUCCCAACGCUGCUGGUGAUGACGGCGACAUUGCCGACAUCAUGAUGCACUGCUACCAGAUCCCCUUCUGCCUCAAUACCGCUCGUCUCGGCUACGAAACUCCCAUUGACGCCUUCUGCAUGACCCCCAACAUCCCGCGCCCCCGCUCCCGCGGAAAGAUCUACCUCACCUCUUCCGACCCCAACGUCAAGCCCGCCCUCGACUUCCGCUACUUCACUGACCCCGAGGGCUACGACGCCGCCACCAUUGUCGCAGGUCUCAAAGCUGCGCGCCAAAUCGCUCAGCAAGCGCCCUUCAAAGACUGGAUCAAGCGCGAAGUUGCGCCCGGCCCCAAGGUCCAGACUGACGAAGAACUUUCAGAGUAUGGACGUAGGGUUGCACACACCGUCUACCACCCCGCAGGUACUACUAAGAUGGGUGAUGUGAGCAGGGAUGAGUUUGCGGUCGUCGAUCCUGAGUUGAAGAUUCGCGGGCUUAAGGGCGUGAGGAUCGCGGAUGCGGGUGUUUUCCCCGAGAUGCCGACCAUUAACCCUAUGCUUACUGUGCUGGGUAUUGGAGAGCGUGCGGCGGAGAUGAUCGCAGCCGAGUGGGGAUGGAAGGGCCUGGAGAAGGAGAAGUUGUAGAUGUGUAUGGAUUAGAUGUAUGUAUACUUUCAAAUUGUGAUAAAUAA